AUAAAAACAAGCCGCACGGAGGCAGUGCUAAAACCUCCUCUCGCCUGACCUCCAUGGCGCGCGACCUCCUCUGCUUGAUUUCUCGCUAUCUCGCCACCGCGUCUAGUUCCUCGUCCUGUGCCGAGCUCCCUCCUCGCGCCGUCGCCGUUAACGUCGGAGGCCUCGAAUGAUGAUUGAGCGGUGCUUGAGCAGAGGCGGCCAAAUAAGCAGCUCCCUGUCUGGGAGCUGCGGUCCCCAAUCGAAUCAGCAGCUCCUUUCCGAGCUGCAACCAGCAAUCGAAGCAAUCAAGCGGCUCCUCUUGCGGCCGCAGUCAGGGAUCGAAACGGAUCCCUUUUUAUUUAUAUCCCAACAAUCCCUCUCGGAUUACAAUCCAAGAACUUUCUUCCCAGGCGACCUGCUGCCAGAUCGGCUUCCGCAAAUCCUCCGUCAACAUGACAAUGAAGUUGAUAGGCUCAGCAAGUUGCCCGAUGAUGUUUUGCUCAACAUUGUUGAGCGACUUGAUAUCACUGAGGUAGCAAGAACCGCCAUCCUCUCCAGACGAUGGAAGCAGAUCCCCACUAUGCUCUCAAAGAUUAUCUUAACGGUUUGUUCUUUUGAGCCCAAGCACGGAAGGAGAAACUUAACCUCACAUGAUAUAGUUCGGGCCAACACCACCAUGUUGAAAGCAACCAGGAGCAUACUUGAAAGCAGGGCUGGAAGUCUAUACACCAUUCACCUAAUGUCCAUGCAAUUCUAUUUGGGAGAUGACUCCAUCUUCAUUGGCCAGACUGUUGCCAACACCAUAGCAACACAAAAGGUUGCUUCAGUUGAGUUUACGAUCUUAACGAAAUUGGGUAAAAAUUGUACCUCUGGUGACCUGCUCACUUAUGGGAAGCAGUUCAUGACAUUUUUUGAUUCAUGUCCAAACGCAUUUGGUGGUCUUGCACACCUCUGGCUGGAGAAUUUGAGGUUAGGCGAAUCAUACUUCCCCAAAAUUUUUGCUAUAUGCAAGCAACUGCAGUUCCUCCACCUCUGGCAGUGUGACACUGGGCAUCUGUCUUUGCUGGAAGUGCAGCACCCGCAGCUCCGUGAACUAGUGAUUUCCUGUAGCAGUCUUCAGAGGGUUGAUCUGAAGUGGGUACCAAAGCUCACAGUAGUGAAGUUUAAUGUGUUUAUAUCUCCAGAUGACCCCUUCUCUUUGGGCUAUGUCCCACUGCUCCAGACUGUGAGCAUCAUUAAUACUGGUCUUUCUGAGCACAAGAUGCUCAAGCUAAGUGAGUUGCUUCGUAAAACCGCCAUAAGCAAUCUGCAUUUGAACUUCAAAUCAGAAAAGAUUUGGGUCAAACCUGAAGGCCGGAAGCAAUUGUUACCGGUGUUCCACAAACUAAGUCUUGUGAAUUUGUUUAACAUUUCUGAAGAAUGCGACCUGACUUGGACAAUGUUCAUACUACAUGGUGCACCCACCCUUAAGAAACUAUGCAUCAUGGUGCGGGAUCAUUUAUGUGAUAUGAUAAAGGGGAAGCGGAGGUACAUGUAUGCAUAUAGCAAGGAGAAGGACAAAGGACUAGAGUGGGAACCAUCUGCCCCUGAUUUCAAGCACCAUAAUCUGGCUGAGCUCAGGAUCUAUGGGUUUCAGGCAGAAGAAAAAUUCGUGAGGUAUGCCAGAAAUGUUAUGGAGGCAGCAGUGAACCUGGAGGCCGUAUACCUGCAUGAGAAUCCAGGGUGUGAGAAGUGCAAGCCCUGUCUUCCAAAUGAGUGGACGCUGAUGGAGACGUUGUUGAUUAGAGACAAAAUCAACAAGGGGAUCUGCUCAAAUGUUGGGAUUCACUUCCCAAGUCGAGGGCGAGAAUAUUAGUAUACAAAAUAACGCUCUCGCGCUGCAAAGCAUGUAUUGAUUAGUUGUCGCCGAUGAACCUUUUCAGUUAUGUUUAUUUUUAGAUGGUAGUAAGUUGAGUAGGAUAAGGAGUACCCUUAACAUUAGUGUCAAAUAUUUUGGUCAAUGGAAAUUGCAGUUGUUUGUUUU